AUCAAACAUCAGUUGAGAUGCAGCCGCGACUCCUAACACUCUCGGCUGCCUUCAAAGGCUCAGCACCAUGGGCGCGGAAUGCACAGCAGGUCCCUAAGCUGAGAAUAGCUCAGCUUCUCUGCAGGAGUUGUCUGCGGAAAUUUUCCACUUCGCCAACCCUACGUGCAGCAGCUAAGAAUGUAGGGAAAGAUCGGAUGUACAAGUCGAGGUUGUUGAUCUAUGAUGCUGGCGACACGCGCACAACAUGGGUGUCCUUCUGGAAAGCCAUGGCAUUGCUGCAAUUUGGAACAACGCUCGUCUUCGCUGUACCGCCUUUAUGGAAUAACGAGAACCAACCUGACCCUAAUCUGAGGAAAGCACAGGCUAUUCUGGUUGGCGUUCUCGGCACGAUCCCCACCUUAACUAUGGCCUACGUGACCGCACCUUUCGUACACCAAGUCUUCCUCCAGAUCCCCGAGCACGCCCGCCGCUCACGCCAUAACCUGAUGAACUUCGCUCGCAGUCUGAACAUCCCUGCCAACGCAUCCACCACCGCCAACACUAAGCUGGAAUUCGUAACGCUCCGCAUCUUCCCCUUUCGCAAGAACACCACUGCUUUCCUCCACGAGCUUCGCGCUUUACCACCUAUGAAGUUCCGUCUCGCAAACAUUGAGAUCCCGAAAACGGAAGACUGGGCGCAGAAACAGCGCGAGAAGGGUAUAUGGAGACGAAUGCUGGAAGUCGCCGCCGAACCAAGAUACAAGUUCUUUGUCAAGGAGGGCAAGAUGUUCACGGCGAAGACAGGGGUGCCGGGUGUGUGGGAGGAGGUUGCUAUGAGGAUUAAGGGGCAGACGAAUAGGGAGAUCAAGGAGGAGAAGGCGGCUGUUACUGGUCCUAGGGGUGCGAUUAGGAGACCGGUUGUUAAGGGGCCUGUCGUGCUGAAGCGGCCACUGAAGGUGGUUGAGGAGGCGAGUGUUAGGAGGCAGACAGCUAGAAGCUCGCGGUAAUUGCCCUUACUGCAUAAUCUGUGGAUGUAUGCUUAGCGAAAGCAUCUCUGUAAG